AUCCCAGAAAAAAACAAUCCCUGACAUUUAUAUCUGCAAUCUGGCUGUGGCUGAUUUGGUCCACAUCAUUGGAAUGCCUUUUCUGAUUCACCAGUGGGCUCGGGGGGGAGAAUGGGUGUUUGGGGAACCUCUCUGCACCAUCAUUACAUCCCUGGAUACCUGCAACCAGUUUGCCUGUAGUGCCAUCAUGACUGUAAUGAGUGUGGACAGGUACUUGGCCCUCGUCCAACCAUUUCGACUCACAAGUUGGAGAACAAGGUACAAGACCAUUCGCAUCAAUUUGGGCCUUUGGGCAGCCUCCUUUAUUCUGGCGUUGCCUGUCUGGGUCUACUCAAAAAUCAUCAAAUUUAAAGAUGGUGUCGAGAGUUGUGCUUUUGAUUUGGCAUCCCCUGAUGAUGUACUCUGGAAGCAUCGGGAGUGCUGGGAGAAAGAAAUACCCCUGAAGAU